AUGUCAUAUUCUAUUAGUGUACCCGGGAAUGGUGUUGGCAACCGGCCCACCUGGCAAGAUCAGCUUCUUGACCAUUGCACACGCACCAAGCAGCCUCCUCCAGUCUUCAAUAUUGUCUCCGAUCGGCGAGGUACUUACCCUGAUUUCCGUCCUCUUCCUUCACCCCCUCCUCGAUAUCCAUCAUCCACAGUCUUUUCUUCCUACAGACCACGGAUGGCUAAUGAUCCUUAUCUCGGAAUUGCAGGAGGUCGUACUGCCUGGUCCAGCACCGUUACCGUUCAAGGCCAAAGCAUCGCCGCUCGCUACUGGUAUGACGGCCAGUUUAUCAACAAUGCCAAGGAAGACGCCGCCGAGGUCGCCCUCAAGACACUAAAUCAACAGCCUCGGGCUGCUACCGUCUAUCCGGGCCAGCUGUUCCCGCAGGCGACGUCGAGCGGCUAUGGUCGCGGAGGCGGGUAUUGA